AUGCCCAAAAAGCGCCAACGGUUUUACGCAAAGCCAACAAACUCAGCACAUCACAGCCUCGCGCUAUCUGGGUCUCGUCAUCAUGGCGGGUCUGGGGUACAGGGUUCCGCGUCAGCGACGUCAGUCAACGACUUGAUCAGUCACCUCCGCCGUACACAGACGCCUAGUGCUAUCGAUGAUGAUCCAUCAAACUCUUCACGUCCGCAGCGCUCAUCUGUGGCUCCACGCUCAGUUCAUCCUUCUCUUCGAGAUGUGCUCGAGCUUCCUGCAACUCCGCCCCCGCGACCUCGCCCCGGCGCUCGUCGCACGGUAUUUGGGGUUCGUCCACCUCGACCAACUGUCGGACCUCCGGCGCCUGCGAGUUGGCUCUCCGGGAAUUUGGAUUUGACGGGAGACCAGGGAUUACCGGACCGGAUGCCGGUGGUAUUUGAAGAGGAAAUACACCGGCUAACCCGUCUUCAAGGGGCGCGGUUUCCGGACCAGAGGAGCCUGGUACACCUGAUGCUGAAAUCUAUGGCGUUGAAUUGGAGUUGGCAUGUUGAAUAUGAUGGGCCUUUUCUAUCCCAUUUGCCAAAUCAUAUCAAGGAACUGCUUCUGAGUUAUAUUGCUGUCUAUGCAAGAGGCUCGCCUCUCAGAGGGUACAUGAAGGGGCUGAGACCGCUCUUUCUGACCCGGCAGGAUCAGGAGCGCAUUAGCGAUGAGAACCCGGAUUUCAACGAUUCGAGAGUUGUUGACACGGACUUCAAUAUCGCGCGAUUGGAUCUGGGGAAUGCUUUAGGGAGCUGGAUAACUUUGAAGCAGCUCACAAACGAGAUGAUCCUCCCGCUAGAUCCAGCUGUAGGUGUCUCAGGUCAUGAAAUAGGGGAGGAUGUCCCAACUUCAUGGGAUGAAUAUGUUCACAACGACACAGCAAAGGCCAUGCUUGAUCCUUUUCCAGCCCCGUCUAUACCCAAGGCCAUUACCCAGACCCUACGCUUCCCCGAACUUCGUGCGUUAUCCCUGGCACACCCGACACCUAGUGCUGCGAGCUGGACCGCCCUUCUCAACCUCAUAGCACAUUUGCCGACCCUCACUCAUCUCUCGCUUGCUCAUUGGCCUAUACCGUGCCGGAAUCCACGCGCUGCCACCUCUCGCAUUCGCGGCGCGGUUACCCGCUUCUCAAACCUAGACCCCCUCAAUGACAACUGGGCCGAAGCUGCAAGUAUCCUUCGUCAGCUAUCCCGUUCGACCUACUGCCUGAAAUGGUUAGAUCUCGAGGGUUGCGGCGAAUGGUUACCAGCCUUGAAAUGGGUGGGAAAAGACCCGGACGGGCUUCCACAGAGCCCUGAUACUGUUGGUCCAGAAUGGAAUGGAUCAUGGAGAGAUGUCGAAUGGCUUGGCAUCGGCCCUGGCUUUCUGGAUCUAACGAAGUCUAAGAACUCGUCCCAUGUCCAGUCCGACGAAAUACCCGAUCUACAAACACACUCGUCGGAUUUUUCUAUUCAUACAAACCAUUUCCGAAAUGCGCGUGAGGUACUGAGGCACAUUCGGCAGAUGAGAAAGGGGAAGAAAUGGCUCGAAAUCGAGCUCGGGUUAGGGCUACAAGACGUUGAAUCUGAGACAAUCAGAUUACCAGAUGGGCAGAAAUUGGUACUUUAUUUAUGA